CUCGGGCAGACCGCGAGACAUGUGGCUGAGACUUUCUGAAAGCUUCGCUCCGUUUUUAGCCCAAAACACUUCUGCGAUAGUGCGAGUGAUCGUCGCUUCAUAGCGGAGCUCUGGACUCUUAGGAACACUUUACGAGCUGCAAACCAGCCGCAGGUGCACUCACAGGCGUGAGCAGGACAGCUCAGGACCGGACAUGACUGGAGCCGGAAGCAGCGGCCAGGGUCCGCCUGAUUGGACGGAUCCUGAGGAGGCAGAGAGGUGUCCUAUCUGCCUGGGUGUCCUGGCCGGAGGCGAGCUCGCCAUGCCCGACAGCUGCUGCCACGUCUUCUGCCUCAGGUGCCUCCUCACAUGGGCAGAGUUGCAGAUGGCUCCUUCCUGUCCGGUGGACAGAAGACCUUUCACUAAUGUUUACAGAUGGGACGGGAAUCUGAGCUGUGUGCAGGUUCCUGUAAGGAAGAGAACAACUCCACUUGAAGCUGAAAUUUGCUGCUGUAGAAACCCUGAACAAAAAGACUGUCUCAAAAGUAAACCUGCAAGAAGAUUGAGACGGCAAAAGGCAGAGAGGACAGCAGAUGCCAUAACAAAAGGACUUGUGAGGAAAUGUAACGAUGAAGACCCCUCGUCUCUGAGCAGAAAAAAGGUGCGAGGAACAGAGUGCUGCACUUGGUCACCCUCUCCCUGUGUCUCAUUAACCACCACAUCAGCACAGGACAUUGCAGAGCCUGUAUGGGUGACAGAGGAGAUACCUUAUGAUGCUGGUUUCACACCGUGCAAAUCCCAAGUGCAAGACUGUCCGUGGCUGUCUCCUGCUGCUCCCAUCCCUGUUAAUGGCACCUCAAGGCGGAGUUUCCAUCCCGCAAGUUGGAACCACAGCCCAUUUCCAUUUGGACUCUGCUCAUCUCCCUUGACCUCCAGCUCACUGUUCAGCCCCGGACAUUUUGUGUUUGAGGGUGUUGUCUGCGCCAUCACAUGUCCCAAAGGAGGAGAGAAGAGAGGCAGCCGAGCCUCAACCUCCAAAGCGCCCACCAAAGAGACCGAGUCUCUACCGACCAGACGAUCCGGACGCAACAGUAAAACCCAGGAAGAGACUCCAGCGACUGACCCGUCAUCGCCGCCUCAGUCCAGUUCAUCAGACUCUGACUCGUCUAACAACCACCAGGCUGCCAAGCCGGCCAAAACUUCUCAGGCACCAGCCAAGAGGAAGGCGACAAACCGAAAGGCCAGCGGCAAGCGGAAAGCCGCGGCAAGAAAAAAGCGCUCUCCCGAACCCAUUAGCAGUCUGGCCGCUAGUGAUGAGGAAGAAGAGGCUGACGGAGUUGACAACAAGGAGAAGGAGGAGGAAGAAGAAGAAGGCGAAAAAAGUGAUGAAGAGCAGGAUACAAAAAUAUCAGAGCAGCAGCAGCACUCUGAUACCGAAGGGAGCCUCAGUGCAGACCAGGACGGUGUCAACUCUGCUGGCGUACGUGCAGAUUCUCUGAGUAACGAUGUGGCAGAGGACAGUGAUGACACUCAGGAACCACCUCAUGAACAAGAACAAGAAGAAAAAGAAGAGAAGCCAGAUGAGGUCGAUGAUGAGCCGUAUUUUCCCCCUGACUUGGCUGCUCACAGCCCCAGUUCAUGCUCCGAGGGCGACGAGAGCAAAAAGGAGGAGGAAGAGCCGCCCAGCCCAGCUUCCUCUGGAGACAAGGACUAUGAGAAGACUCCUUCACCCUCUGACUCUCACAACGCUCUGCUGGAAGACCUGACGUCUCCGUGCGCCGAUGAGCAAACAGAGCAGGAUGAUGAAAUGGAGAUUUCAGAGUCCGAAGAAGCCAAGGAUAAGAAGGCUGAAUCGUUGGAGAACUUGUCAGAACCUGGCUCGCCCCCUGCUGGAGACUCAGAGGAAAAUGUAGCUGAUCUAGAAACGAAAGCUUCUGAGGACACUGAAUCUAAAAAGCUUGUUUCAGAAAAGCAGUCAGCCGGUGACAGUUCUGAGGAAGAAACCAAGGAUGACGGUCCAUCCAAGGAUGAUACUAAUGUCAUCCCCAUGGACUGUAGUUCACCCAUGAGUGACCACGGUAACGGUGCCCUUUUGGAUCCGCCGAAGGAGAGUGCUGACCCAGCUGCUGCGGGACCCCCUCCUCCUGAAAGCCAAGUCACCGAGGGUGAGAUCCAAAAGGACCAAGAGGAGCGGGAAAAGAGCCCAGAGAGGAAGAACGGCAAGCAGCGGCGCUCUCGCUUCCACUCCUCGACCUCCACCUGGUCACCUAAAAGGGAGUCCAAACGGGAAUCCUCCAGGCGCUCGCGCUCACGGUCCAGAGAGCGGGAUGGCAGCCCGCCUUCCAGCCACUCGUCCCGGGCUCGCAGCAGAGAAAGAGAAAGGGACCGGGAUGGCGAGAGAGACCAUUCUAGGAGGGAGCGUAGCCAUGAGAGGAGGAGACGGCGAUCGAGGAGUCGCUCUAAAUCCAGGUCCCGCUCUCGGUCCAGGUCUCGAUCCAGAACAAGGACCCACAGACGAGGGAGUCCCGAAUGGCCCAACUCCAGAGAACAGUCUCCACAGAAGAAGGAGCGCAAGGGCGGAUGGAGGUCAGGGCAGAGUGGUGGGUCAGGUAGCGAGGGACGCAGGUAUCAAGGAGGCGCUGGCCGCUUAGAAAACGGUGUGCCCGCUGAAGGUUCCCCUGAACGCCAGAGCUGGUCAGAUAAUCCUGACUGGGUUACAGAAAAGGCUCGCGAGGACGCUGAGAACAGGAGCCGGCAAAUUGGUCCACGCAACAGUGACGGGAACAGAGGGGAUUCACGAGGCAGGGGGGGCCGGGGAGGGUUUGAACGGGGGCGAGGUGCAGGGCGAGGCGGUGGCAACCGUAGCUUUCACAAUCAGGAGGAAUCGGGCGAUAGCCGCUGGCCCAGAAACAACUUCUCAGGUACAGGCGGCAAUUCAGGGAAUGAUGCAUACAGCCGCUUCAACGAAAACCGCGGCGGUGGCCGGAGGAAAGACAUGGAUCCAAACGACUCCAUGGCCGAUCGGUCGGGAUGGUCAUCAGCAUCCAGCUGGGCUGUCAGGAGAUCGCUUCCUGCCGACGUCCAGGACUAUUACUCGAAGAGGGAGAGGGGAGGAGCAGGAGGCUGGAACAGAUCAGAGGAGGAGCAGCCAGCAGCAGCAGCAGCAGAUCUCUCUAAAAGCGAUCCUACUGCCCCGGCUGUCCCAGGUAACGCACCGGUGCCGGUGAUGAACGCGAUGCCUCAGCUGAAUGUUCUCCACCAUCCCUACCCCGUGCAGGGGCAGCGAGGAGCCCUGCCUGUCAGCUUGCAGCCGGCGGCAUCAUACGGCAUGCCCCCUCAGGUCCCCCUGCACCUCCACCCUGCAGUGCCGCUGCUUCAGGUGCCCGCUGUUGGCGCUCAGGGCCUCCCGCCUCCCCCUCCGCCGCCUCCACCCAUGCAGCACGGCAGCCAGAUGGCAGCAGCUCAGCCGGAUGGCCACAUGACUCAGAUGUCGAGUUCCAUGAUGGGUUAUGGGAAACCUGCCCUGCUUCCCACCCCUACCAAAGCUGGUGGCGCAGUGACCCAGAUGCACUCAGCACAGAGCCAGAUGUUCCCAUCCUCUACCACUCAGUACGGCCAUAACAAGGCUCACGCCGACAGCUCCAAAAAGGAAAAGAAACAGCAGAUCCAGGAGAGAGCUGUGAAUGAAGUGAAGAACGCCAUGAAACCUUAUUACCAAAAGAAGGAAGUCACUAAGGAUGAGUACAAGGAGAUUGUCCGCAAAGCAGUAGAGAAGGUGUGUCACAGCAAGAGCGGUGAGGUGAACUCCAGCAAGGUGGCCAACCUGGUGAAGGCCUACGUGGACAAAUACAAACACGCCCGCAAGAAAUGAAUCUGUAGCGUGCUGUUGGCGCGGCGAUGCCCCUCGCCGACCCAUUCAGCUGCUCAAGUGCAAUUUCCUCAAGCUGGAAUUUGGCCUCCAAUCUGAGAGAGGACGGCGUGUCAGCAUUUUCAUUUUUUUGGAUAUCUGUACCUUUUAUUGAAUGAAGAUUUUUUUCUAUAGAUUUUCAUAUUUUGUUAGAAAAAGAAUGACCCAAUCAGAAAUUGUAAUGCAAGAGCCCUUUAUUUUGCAUAGAUCGUGUGACUUGGGAACUACUGUAAGGAGCGCGGGGUGGCGUGGGGCGGGUCGGGGAAGAGGGACGCUCGAUACUGAAGAUGCAUCGCUCAGUGAACAACAUUAGAUCAUGUAGAGGAGAGCCUCUCCCAGGGUGCCGGCUGGUACGAUCAACGUCUCCUCCGAGGACUCCUGAUCACAUAGCUUAUUGAUUCUUGUCAAUGUUCUUUUUUAAAUAUGAUACAAUAUUUCAGAGGAAAGCCUAGUUUAAAAAAAAGUGCAUUGCCUUUAUUAAUCUCUGUGCUGCCCCAGUGACGGGCACGAAUCUGAUGAGUGUGAUUGUAAUCAGGGCCCUGAUUGGUCGAUGAGCGGGACGGCCAAUCAGCAGCGAGUGUUCAAUGGAAGGUGCAGGUCCCGGAGGGGGGGCGACCCAGGUCAGACUGACCCCCGCACCCUGCCUGAAUGUGUAAUAACUGUCAAUGCCAGAACAUGAACUGUGCAAAGUAUCCAGAGAGUAGUGAAAUAAAUCAGCUGCUUCCUGA